CAUUGUCCGCGUUGCGCACAAAUGACGUGACGGGUUCCCUGGAAAAUCAUUCAUAGUUUCCUAUCGAUUGACGGCUUGGAUUUAUUUCGGUUUCGUCGCCGCCGAAGUCUGUCCACAGACGGAUGCGACGGAGCCUCUUGUUUUAGUUCAUAGAAUUAGUUUGUUUUUGCUGUGAGUGAUAGUGAAAAUCGUGCAAAAUGGGGUCGUUAUUCCGGAGUGAAGAGAUGACUCUUUGUCAGCUCUUCCUGCAGAGUGAAGCUGCGUAUGCUUGCGUGUCUGAACUUGGAGAGCUGGGACUCGUUCAAUUCCGUGACUUAAACCCAGACGUGAAUGCGUUCCAACGCAAGUUCGUCAAUGAGGUCCGUCGUUGCGACGAGAUGGAGCGCAAGCUGCGCUACCUGGAGAAGGAGAUCCGCAAAGACGGUAUCCCCAUGCUCGAGAUCCCCGGGGAGUGCCCGGAGGCGCCGCAGCCCAGAGAGAUGAUCGAUCUUGAGGCCACCUUUGAAAAACUGGAAAACGAGCUUCGUGAAGUGAACCAGAACGCCGAAGCUUUGAAGCGGAACUACUUGGAGCUGACUGAGCUCAAACACAUUCUAAGGAAGACCCAGGUCUUCUUUGACGAGCACGAGGGUGGUGCCAAUACCACUGAAUCGAUGACGCGCGCGCUGAUAUCCGACGACCCGAACAGACAUAUUGGACACGUCCAACUAGGUUUACGGGAUAAACAAGAAUCCCUGGAAUUCCUGCCUUGUUUUGUCGCGGGUGUGAUCCUGCGCGAGCGCAUACCGGCGUUCGAGCGCAUGUUGUGGCGCGCAUGCCGCGGCAAUGUGUUCCUUCGGCAGGCUGAGAUCGAUACGCCGUUAGAGGACCCGUCGUCUUCGGACCAAGUGUACAAGUCGGUGUUCAUCAUCUUCUUCCAAGGCGACCAGCUGAAGACGCGCGUGAAGAAGAUCUGUGAAGGAUUCCGCGCUACCCUGUACCCAUGCCCUGAGGCGCCCGCUGACAGGCGCGAGAUGGCUAUGGGAGUCAUGACCCGCAUUGAGGACUUGAACACUGUCUUAGGCCAGACCCAGGACCAUCGUCACCGCGUCCUAGUCGCAGCCGCGAAGAACAUCAAGAACUGGUUUGUCAAAGUGCGCAAGAUCAAGGCCAUAUACCACACGCUGAACCUCUUUAAUCUCGAUGUCACGCAGAAGUGUCUCAUUGCCGAGUGUUGGGUGCCCGCACUGGAUCUGGAGACUAUACAGCUUGCUCUUAGAAGGGGAACGGAACGCAGCGGCAGUUCAGUGCCCCCAAUCCUCAACCGGAUGGAGACGCUCGAGGACCCGCCGACGUACAACCGCACCAACAAGUUUACCUUCGCCUUCCAGAACUUGAUCUACGCGUACGGUGUCGCCACCUACCGGGAAGUCAAUCCAGCUCCAUACACGAUCAUCACCUUCCCGUUCCUGUUCGCGGUGAUGUUCGGCGACCUUGGCCACGGCGCCAUCAUGGCCGCGUUCGGCUUCUGGAUGUGCUACAAGGAGAAGCCUCUGCAGGCCAAGAAGAUCGACAGCGAGAUCUGGAACAUCUUCUUCGGCGGUCGCUACAUCAUCCUUCUCAUGGGUCUGUUCUCUAUGUACACCGGGCUGAUAUACAACGAUAUAUUCUCCAAAUCCCUCAACAUAUUUGGCUCGUCGUGGCGCAAUAAUUAUAAUAGCUCGACGCUGCAAGAGAACAAACUGCUACAGUUGAACCCUGACUCUUAUGACUACAUACAGAAGCCAUAUGCGUUUGGAAUUGAUCCUGUGUGGCAGCUCGCUGAAGCCAACAAGAUCAUCUUCAUGAACGCGUACAAGAUGAAGAUCUCCAUCAUUAUCGGCGUGUUCCACAUGCUGUUCGGUGUCUGCCUCUCGCUAUGGAACCACAUUUACUUCAAGCGUCGCAUCAGCAUCUACGUGGAGUUCAUCCCGCAGAUCAUGUUCCUGACGCUGCUGUUCUUCUACAUGGUGCUGCUGAUGUUUAUCAAGUGGACCACGUACGGAGCCACCGUGGGUCACUUCGGGAGCCAGGAACCAGAGAUCGUGAAGACAAGUGCGUUCUGCGCGCCGUCGAUCCUGAUCACGUUCAUCAACAUGAUGCUGUUCAAGACGGACGAGAAUACACGUCCACAGUGCGACACAGUCAUGUUCGCCGGACAACUAUACUUCCAGAAGUUCUUCGUAAUCUUGGCCCUGAUGUGCGUGCCCGUCAUGUUGUUCGGGAAGCCCUACUUCAUCAUGAAGGAACAAAAGCGACGUGCUAGACAAGGUCACCAGACGAUCGAAGGCACGGCGGAGAACGGCACGGCGGGUGGCGCUGUAGUGGCUGCUUCUGCGCACCACGAUGAAGAUAUUACUGAGGUCUUCAUACACCAGGCUAUCCACACUAUCGAGUACGUGCUAGGCAGCGUGUCCCACACUGCGUCGUACCUGCGUCUGUGGGCGCUGUCGCUUGCGCACGCGCAGCUCGCCGAUGUCGCCUGGAAGAUGUUGCUCAGAAAAGGUCUGAUGUCAACCGACUUCCAAGGCGGCAUCUUCCUGUACGUGGUGUUUGCGGGCUGGGCCGCCAUCUCCGUGUCCAUCCUCGUGCUCAUGGAGGGGCUCUCCGCGUUCCUGCACACGCUGCGUCUGCACUGGGUCGAGUUCCAGAGCAAAUUCUACGCGGGUGAGGGCUACUUGUUCCAACCGUUCUCCUUCGAGGUGAUCCUCGACUCCGCCGGCACCGCGGAAGAGUAAACGUCAUCAGCCAACUUCCACAAUAUUCAUACCUGAAGUCUAUCAAGCUUUAUUUAUAUAGCCCCAGUUCGGGCGCCAUUACUAGAUAAUGGCGCCCAACAAGGGACUAGUUCAUUCCAACUUCAAAUUGAGCAAAUCCGAUUCUUUAACUUAAAUGUGUAUUUAUGUAAUGUCUAUUCUAUAUUUUGAGUUUCUGUGUAUAAUGUGGAAGAAAAAUGUUAUAUGAAGCGUUACAGUAGUACUCUAAAAAAUAAAAAUUAAGCAAAUGUAUAACCUUAAGUGAGACGUAGGUUUUUGAAAGUAGCAGCUCAUCAUAAUAAGAAUUAAUAUUUUAAAAAGUUAGAAAUGUUGGUUCUGUUAGAAUUAUAGCUAAGAUGAGACGAGCUUGUGUGUUUAGUUGCGAUUUUAACAGAAUGUAAGCAUUAUUUCAAGUUUUGUAAUAUGUAAGGAAAACAGUCGAUGUGUAGAUAUUUCAGUGAAUUCAUCGUGUACAGCAUGUUGUUUAAUUUAUUGUCAAAAACCUCGAUUCAAAGGAAAGAAGUGCGUGAAAUUUUGUAUUUUAUUAGCUGAAAUUAGCUUUUUUAUUUAAUGAUUUGUAAGCUGUAAUAAACGUGUGAUUUAUAAUUUCUUUUGUAUUCUUGCUGCUACCCGUUGUACUUAAAUUAUUUAUAUGAAUCCGUUGUUAUCCGAGGCUCUCUCUAAUUGUUAUUGAAAAGGAUGUUAGAAUUUAUCAUUCCAGUAUGUAGAUGUUCAAUAUAUGAUAAUCAAUGCUAUUAAGUAGUCUGCAUGUGUCUCGUUGAAAUACAGUAUAUAAAUAAACGUUGUUUCGUAGCAUC